AUGAAUCGGCCAGGACCAGGCCAGCAGCCUAUCCGAGGCAUGUCAGGCUUUCCCGCCCAGCCACAGUCACAGAACCGAACCGCAAACACUGCCCUAUUAUCCGGACGGUUACCAAACAGUCAGAUGGGUGAGGACGGUGGAAUACCUUAUAUGGGAGAUGGAACCUUUGGCUAA